AUUAUGGAUGUAAAAAUCAUAAACAAUAUGAUGGCUCAAAGAGUGCAACCUACGAGCAUUUGGGAUAUGAUCUGGAUGUUGAGUUUGGAACUGGUGAAUUAAUGGGUGAAGUAAUAAUAUUUUUAAUCUUAUAGAUUAAUGCAGAUACUGCUUAUGUUGGUGGUGUGAAGAUAGCAAAAUAAGAAUUUGCUGAAAUCGUAAGAGAGAAUGGUGAUGUAUUUGCUCAAUCUGAUUUUGAUGGUAUUGUUGGAUUAGCAUACCCUUCAAUGGCUGCUUAUAACUUCAAUCCAUUGUUUGAUAAUAUUAUGUAAUAGAAAUUGUUGGACAGAAAUGUGUUUUCUUUCUAUUUUUCAAGACAAGAAGGAUCAAGAUCUUCAGAGUUAACUCUUGGUGGAUGGGAUACUGAUCAUUUUUAAGGAGAGUUACACUUUCACAAUGUUGUCAAUAAAUAUUAUUGGUUAUUGGAUGCUGAUAAUAUUUUAGUAAACGGAUAAGAUGUUGGAUUAUGCAAACAUGGCUGCAAAGUAGUUGCUGAUACUGGUACUUCAUUAUUAACAGGACCAUCAGAUGACUUGUAUGAUCUAUUGGGUACAAUUUUACAUCAUAAAUAUAGACACUCUAAAUAUAGAUGAAAAUUGUAAAAAUGCGAAAGAAUUACCAAAAUUAACAUUUGUUUUAGAUGGAAUUAAUUAUGAUUUGGAUGCUAAUGAUUAUGUCAUGAAGAUUGACUCUCAAGGAAAUGAAAUUGCAUAUGAUACUUUUGCAAGUAUUGACAGUUUUGUAGAAAUGGGUGCUAAUUGUCAAUGUGUAGGAUCAUUCAUGCCUUUGGAUAUUCCAUCACCUUAGGGUCCAGCUUGGAUUUUGGGGGACACUUUCCUAAGCAAAUAUUAUUCAGUCUACGAUAGAGAUAACGAUAGAGUUGGCUUUGCAAGAGCAAAAUGA